AUGGCUCCCAAGAAGAAGAAGAGUUCCGAAGAGGAAGAAGUUCCUGUACCCAGUAAAUACCUUCCUGGGAAACAACCAAGAACCGGUGAACCACCCGAAGUUCAUUAUACUCAGUCAUUAGAUCCAGAGGCUGAACUACAAGUUGAUAAAUGGUCAAUCCCCAAAUUCAAUCUUUUCAUCAGUUUUACGCUGGACAACUUAGUGGAGUCAUACAAAAACGUCUUUAAGGAUUUUAUCAAAUUACCCAGUAGGAAAUUCCACCCACAGUAUUAUUACAGAAUCCAACAACCAAUUUCCAUUAACGAGAUCAAAUCUAGAGAUUACGAAUACCACAAUGGUCCGCAGACAUUCCUAUUAGAUAUACAAUUACUGUACAAGAAUUGUUUGAGCUAUAACGAGCCCGAUAGCUUAAUCGUUAAAAAUUCUCUACAAGUGCUUCACUACAUCGAAUACGAAGUUUUGAAAGCUAAAAAUGUCACUAGAAACUACCUUAUCACGGAUAAUGUGAAGAACAGACUGUUAAACUAUCUGCAAAAAGUGCUCGGUGCUACAGAUAAAUCCAUCGAGUCGGAGAUAAGUCCACCACCUUCGAAGGACGCUGAUGACAGUAUGCAAGUGUCACAGCCUUUUAUGGAGUUAGUGGAUAAAGAUGAACUACCUGAAUAUUAUGAAGUCAUCCACAGACCUAUGGCACUAAACACUGUAAAACAGAGUUUAGAAGUAGGUUACUAUUCCAAGAUUUAUGAUUUUAUCAUUGACGUUCUGCUCGUCUUCCGUAAUGCACUAGUUUUUAAUGAUAAAAAUACUCUAAUCCACCAAGACGCUCUCAAGUUACUCAAAUAUUUCAACCAUCUAGUUCAGAAUAAAUUUUUCCCUGAAUUACAGGACGCUAGUGAACGUGGUGAAGUCAAAUUAGAAUACGAUAAAAUUGAAUACGAACAGUAUUUGGCCAAUGGUGGUAAUGAAAAUUCAGGCGAAGCCCUCGACGAUGAAGACGAAGGUGAUUAUGAUUUUAACCAUUUCGAAGGGCUAGGUAAUGGGUAUAACAGAGCCAUUCUAUCAGAGGACUACUUACUGGGCCCACAGGGGAAAAAUGAUCAACCUCUCAAGAAACCCAAACUGUCAUCUCCUUCUUUGGAUAAUCAACCCAAAGUUUUCAAAUACAACAUUGUCAAGUCAUUACUCAAGGAGAAAGAGCACACAUCACGAGAGUACACAAUGGAGAAGAAGCCCUACAAUUUGAUUAACCAAGUGUGCAUCUAUUCAUCUCGGAAUCUUUACCAACAGGCUACAAAUCCAGUACCAGGUUCAAGGCCGUCGUGUAAUCAAAAUUGGGUCGAAUACGUUUUCAAUGGUAAGGAUCUUUCCCAGAACGAGAAUAUGUAUUCUUUUACACUACAACCUGUGCAGACCUAUUUGACUCUAAUUGCGGAUGUGGAUGGUAAGCAAUUGGAAACUUCACUGAUGGUGAAUUCGGAGAAUGUAAAGGCUCACCAACAACAGACCGAUUCGACUCAAGAUGAAAAGGAACCUGAACCAAGAAUAGUCGGUACAGAAAGGUACGAUAUUAGACUCAACGAAGGUCUAAAUUUCGUAGAAUACAGAUGUGAGGAUCAAGAAGGUGGGAAGGAGCUGAUGAAAUUUUGGGUCAACGUGUUGCCAUAA